AUGUCCUCUCUGUUCCUCGUCAACAGCAUCCGUCAGUUUUACUGCGCGUCGAAGCGGAAGAGCGCGGUGGAGCUGCUCCAGGAGACGAAGGCGUUCUACGUCAAGUCGGAGACGGUGCUGGACCGGCAGCAGCAGCUGAAGCAUGCGGGCCACCUGCAGGUCACCUCCUCGGCCAUGGACACCGUCUUCCUGCGCGGGCCCAGGCCCCGCAGCGACCCGGCGCCAGACCACAAGUACAUCCACCCGCACGUGCUGCUGCUGAGCCCGGCGGUGGCGCCGGCGGUUGCUUGUGAUGAGCGCCCAUUUACCAGGAAUUCCUGUCCUCGAAGUCCUGCAGGCUGCAGCAUUCACAAGUCACUACCUGAUCUGCACGCAGGUGCUGCUACUAGUCCAACAACAUCUACUGAAGCUAGUGAGGUCCGCUCCAUUAGCAGUCGAUUAGGAAGAAGAUCUUGUGGAUCAGCAAUGAGUACACACUCAUCAGGAGGAAUUGCACAGAAGGCCCUAAAGGAGAGUACACCAAAAAACGCACCUUGUGUCACUCCAUUUAUGAAUUCUCAGCACAGAGCACAUCCUAUCAUGAGAUCAGAAACGGUGAUUACCCAUCGGAGUGGAAUGCAUUCUCUUGAUACAUUUCGAAAUGAUGUGUCAUGUGAAGAGAUCCUGAGGUCAUCAAAUUUUUCAAAGAAAAGUGUGAGAAAGAAGAUAUCUCAUGACACAUGUGAUGGGCCAACCAGUAAUAGUAGUUUUAGUGACAGCGGAGCAGAAGACAUCUCAUCCCCUCAGCCUCUGAGGGCAACUCCAAUUAAUCAAAGUGCAGACAGACAUCGUCCCAUACUCAGAUCCAAGUCGGAUAUAAGUCACAGAUACUCAAGAGGUAAUAUGAUAUCUACACCAAGACUGCAGCCACAAGAACCUCAUUCCAAUGAGCAACUGGAACAAUUCUUUGAACAAUUAGGACUGGAAGCUAAUGAUUACAGGUCAUUAGCAACACCAUUGUCUGGUUCAUCUUCACCUAUUUUCUUUGAAAGUGUAAGCUCUGUUGAUUCAGCAGUUAUUUGGGGUCCAGAUAGUGGAGGUACAAGCGGAAAUCAUCAACGCCCUUCAGAACAAUUAUCCAUUGUUGAAAGAAAUGCUCGUAUCAUAAAGUGGCUGUGUAAUUGUCGGAAAGCUCAAUUAUCCACUCAUUCACCAAGCUGAUUUGUUGUAUAAAAUGAAAUGUAAAGUAUAUGUAAAGUAUUUUUUUUAAUGCUGUGAAAGUCAUCCUUACUUUUAAUGAUAUGUUCCUUGAAACCCAAGAAUGUUUACAUUUAAAAAUAUUCUUUAGUUGACUGUUGACUUAUUCAUGUAGAAUAGAUGUAAUUAAGUACUCUUUUUGAUAAUAAUGUACCAAUUCAAUUAUUAACUUCAAUGAAGUAAUAAAUACUAUAUUUAUUUAAUAUAUAUGUUUACCCACACGUUAAAAUAGUAGUCAUAUUAAAGUGUUUUCUGGUUUCCAUACAAAUGCAAAAAGGUCAAUAUUUAAUAUUGAAAUUAAAAAGCAUAUACUGUUUAGAGUUAAAAAAAAUUGAAACCAGAUUAAAAUAUGGUAGUGUUGACCAACUUAGCUGCUUCCCUUUGACAUAUGCUUUAAUGUAAUUAAAGUUCAGUGAUACCAGCUAGUAAUGGGCUUUCACAUUUUAUGCACAUCUGUAGAUUUAUGUACAGUCCCUUGUGAGGUAUGAUAUGUGUUGUGUACAUCAUCUGUGUCUACAUAUUAUGACAAUACAUUAUACUGCAAGCGCCUUGUUAUUACCAGAAGUUGCCAAAAUCACAGUAAUAUUUGAAACAGGGCAGAAAUAGAUGGAAAACAUCUCGUUUUUGACAAUUCAUUUUUCAAAGUAUUUACAAAAUAUUUUUGAUCAAAAAAGUAAAUCCAUAAAAUAAAUAGAAUUUUUUUAUGAUUGUAUGCUCAUUAAUAUCAACAGCAAAAAUGCAAAGUGUACAAUUAGAUGAACAUAUCCAUGUAUUAAGUUGCAAUCUCUUUAGAAAACUAGCAUUAAAUUAGUAGAUGUUAGCUAGAAGCAUCUGCUGCAAAAUGAAGUUAAAUUGAAGACUAGAUUUCCAGUUAUGUAUCAAUGCAAGAGUUUAUUUCAAGUGUAAUAUGAAUGAUGACAAUGAAAUUUUAUUAAUAAAUUUAUGCUGUGUAACAAAAAUGAUAUGGUGUAUUUCAACAGUAACAUGUAGAUAAUUUUUAAGGAAUGUAAAGAAGAUGCAAAAAUAAAUUAUGUUGAAUUUCAA